AAUUGAAUUAUUUGUUUGUGCUAAGAUAUCGAUUUUUGUAUCUAAGAAAAUGAAUUUCGAUCUUAAAUUCAUUUUUCUUCUAAGUCUGUUCGUGUUAACAGUAAGAAGCGAGGAGGAUUCUGAAUGCACGACUGAAGAUGCUGAUAUCUACGUACCCAGUAGCGAUUGUACCAAAUUCUGGCAGUACUCUAACGGUAAAGCAAUUUUGAUGGAAUGUCCAAGUGGUCUCUUAUUCAACGUUGAUACUAUUCAGUGCGAUUGGCCAGAAAAUGUAGAUUGUUCAAAUGUUAGCAGUACUACUACACAGAGUAGUGAUGAUGAAGAAAUUGCUCCUGAAUGUUCAUCGGACGAUUCCGAGAGUUACAUCCCUAAUAGUGAUUGUACUAAAUUUUGGCAGUGUUCUGAUGGUCGAGCAAUUUUACAAGAAUGUCCAAGUGGUCUUUUGUUCAACAACAAUACGAAUUAUUGCGAUUGGCCAGAUCUUGUCGUUUGUUAAAUAAUAUGCAUACAAAUGUAUUAAAUGUAUAUCUAUGUAAAUCACUGUAAUGAAUAUUUUGACUCUUUGAUAUUUAUUUCAAUAAAGAUUUGAAAUGUC